CAACACCUCCGCAAUAAUCACCUGGUAUAAUGAUCAGAACAACAAACAAUUUGAUAUGAAAUCACGACAAAAUAAGAUCUUUCGUCCUCUACACAUCAAUUGCCAAGAAUCGACGAGAAAGCGUCUGUGAUGCCGCAUGACCGCAGGUCCUGAAACCACUCAAAAGGACAAGAUCGUCCGAUACUACUCCUACGACUGACAUAGCUUCUUCCCCCUCAUCACCAUGACCGUCUUCUCCCUAAUCAUCAUCAACAAAGCCGGAGGUCUAAUCUACCAGCGCGAAUUCCAACCGGGCCUCCGCAAGCUCUCGACAAACGACUACCUCGUUCUCGCCGGAACCUUUCACGGCGUCCACGCCAUCACCCGCACCAUCACCCCGAAACUCCCCCUCCUCACCCCAACCGCAAUAGCCUCCACCCCGACCAGCGCGUCCUCCAACCUCGCCUCCCCCUCAGGCACCUCCACCCCGAUUCCGCCCACGACGACGACGACGACAACAGCGGCAGCAACAACGCCAUCCGUCUCCGCGUCCUCAUACACAUACCCGAUCCUCGGCGUGCCCGCGACGGGGCUAGAGUCCCUCGAGACGGACAAGUUCCGGCUGACGUGCUUCCAGACGCUGACGGGCACCAAGUUCCUCCUCUUCACGGACCCGCACAUGGCCAACAUCGAGGUGGUGAUGAAGAAGAUCUACGAGUUCUACGCCGACUUCGUCAUGAAGAACCCGUUCUACCAGUUGGAGAUGCCGGUCCGGUGCGAGGCGUUUGAUCGGAAUCUGAAUGGGUGGUUGCGCGGGCGGACGUGA